ACCGCUGCAGAUAUGGCAACACUGCAAGUCACAGUCGCUGACAAUGUUGGCAACACUGUUGUGGACUCUGUGCAUCAAUUUUUGUGCAGCCACAUAUCGCCGUGAGGGGGAGAAAUUCCAUUCAACCCCGAAGACCGUCAAUCUGACAGGGGUCACUAUCAAAGUCAUUCCCGCACUUCACGACAAUUACAUGUACUUGGUCAUCGAUGAGGUGAGCAAGGAGGCUGCUGUUAUCGAUCCUGUCGAACCUGAGCAUAUCCUAGAGGAUCUCAAAGGAAAAGACUACAGACUCACUAAGAUUCUGACAACUCACUUCCACAAUGACCACGCAGGUGGCAACGAGCGGUUGUUGGAGGAGUUCCCCGAGCUACCCGUCUACGGAGGAGAUGACCGGGUGAAGGCGCUCACCACGUCGGUAGCGGACGGGGAUCGACUCUAUAUCGGCGGCCUGGAGGUAGACGUCCUUCAUACCCCUUGUCACACACGGGGUGACGUCUGCUACUUGGUCAAGACAGGGCGUCAACAGCCGAGGGUGGUCUUUACAGGAGACACAAUGUUUGUAGCUGGUUGUGGCAGGUUUUUCGAAGGUACUGCUGACCAGAUGUAUGACAACCUGUACAACAAACUGGGCAGUCUGCCUAACGAUACUAUGGUAUUCUGUGGUCAUGAGUUCACCUACCCUAACCUGAUGUUUGCUUCGUAUGUGGACCCAUACAACAGGGAAGUGGCUCGGAAGCUAGAGUGGUCAGAAAAAAUGAAAAAUGAGAGGCUGCCCACCGUUCCCUCAACUAUUGGGGAAGAGUGGGAGACUAACCCGUUUAUGAGAGUGGACACCAAGGACCUACAAUGGCGCUCAGACUCUUCAGAUCCUGUCAAGACUAUGGCCCAUAUUAGAGCAGAGAAAGACACCUUCAAAGUGAUAUAGUCUAACUGUAUGUUUUAAUUAAAAUGUAAAAUUAACAUGAAAUUUUUAGUUAUGAGAUUUGUUGGUCUCUUGGUAGAAAUUGACGAUCAAACAAAAAGUGUGUGCUAGUUUAAUUUAAUUUCUAUAAUUUUCAUGAAAACAUAUCCAAAUUUGUUGUGGCACUUCAGGAUUAUCAAUAUAGUUUAUAAAGUACAUACCAUAGCUGAUUGAAAAUGAAAAAAUCAAAGGCUGAUAAACUUCUUCAGAUCUGAUUUUUUUAUUAUUUUGUCUUUAGGGAAUCACUCCACAUAAAAAUAACAAGUUAUUUCAAUUUUGGAAGUUAUUGAAUUUUUAUUUUAAUCUAUCAUACUAGAGUAUCUCUUUUUUAAAUUAGGUUGGUAUACAAGGUCUGUAAAUUAAGUAAAAAGACUGAUUUUUAAAAAUUUGUAUUUGAAAAUAUUACAAUUCUAUAUUGUCACCUUCAAAAUAACUUCCUUCUGAAGUCACACAGUGCUGGAGAUGAUACUUACUAUGAGCUUAUUUUCACUCCUCAUAGUAGUGCUGGAACUCUGAUACUGUAAUAGCCUUCAGCUGGUCAGUGACAGCCUUUUGAAUGCUUUAGACUGUCUCAAAAUUAGUUUCCUUAAGGUGAUUUUUCAACUUCAGGAAGAGAAAAAAAACAAGACUCAUCAGGCAAUAAGGAGGUUGAGGAGCCACAGGAACACUUUUGCUGACCAAAAACUCGUUUGUGGAAAUUGCUGUGUGACAAGGAGCAUUAUCGUGAUGCAACAUCCACUUAUUCUUGAUGUUUGGUCUUAUACGAGUACAAUGACCCUUUUUCGAAGUCUGUCAAGAACCUCCCAGUAAAAGUGUUGAUUGACCAUUUGGUAUUGAGGUAAAAACUCGUAGACGAUUCCAUGAAUAUCAAAAAAACAAAUCAGCAUACAUUUGAUUUUCAACUUCGCUAUCCUUGCUUUUUUGGGCCUUAGAGAGGUUGAAGCAUGUCACUCCAUGCUCUGGCGCUUGGUUUCUGGGCCGUACUCAAACAUCUAAGACUCGUAACCAGUAAUAAUACGGUCCAGAAAACGGGGGUAAUUUUCAAUUAAAUCCAAAAAGUCAAGGCACCUUUUCUUUCCGAUGUUCUUCUGGUCUUGUGACAGGUUUUUUGGAACCACUUUUGCGCAGAUUUUUUGUCAUCUCCUAUUCAUUAGUCAAAACUUGAUGAACGGUGGUUUGAGUCAAAUUUAACUCUUCCCCGAUCAUUCUGACUGUCAACCAACGAUCUGAACGCACAUCAUCCUGGAUUCUGUCAACAUUCUCAUCGAUUCUUGAAGAUAAAGACUUUCCGCUUCGCAGUUCAUCUUCAAUCGACUCUCUUCCUUCUGAAAAUGCUUUAAACCACCGAAAAAUCUGGGCUCUUGAUAAAACACUACCUCCGUAGGCCUGCUGGAGUAUAGCAAGUUGCACUGUUGUGUAGUUGUUUCCGUUGCACUGUCACCAAGCCUGAAGCAAAACCUGAUAGCACACGGUUGCUUGAAAUUGAUGUCACUCUUUUUUAGAACACAAUACAAAAAACUGUUUCACAAAAACAAUUGCUACGCACAACCAAAUGACAUGAGCAAGGUCAAACUUAUACUGAAGGUGGAUCACAUGUUCCUCUACCACCCUUCCUACCCCAGCCAACUCAUUGUUGCCAGAUCAAACGUGACAUUGCCACUCUCAUUACUUAAUUUACAUACCUCUUAUGUAUCUAAUGUAAAAAAUACUAUAGAAAUAUUAUUUAUUUUAUUAGUUUCUCAGUUUUUGCUGAACACUGGCAUUCCUGGUUGGCUAACAGGAGAAUUAAUAACACAAAUUAAGCUGGAUAGAUAUAUAUAAUUUGCUUUUUGUGAUUUUGGCAAGAAAUGGAUGAAACCGUCACUUAUUCCAUGAACAUUCAUAAAAUGGCUAUAAAAUAUACAAAAUAAUAUCCUUACAAAUUAGUGGACCAUCUUAGGGGUGAAUAAAACAAGUUGUUACUAUAAAUAAUAUAUGUACUUUACUUGCAUAUUUACAUAAUAAUAAAGCUAUUUAAAAUAA